GUAAACAUGGCUCAGGAAAAGAGUAUGGCGAUCCCAGAGUUCCUCAGUAAAGCAGAGCUAAUAAAACAAGGAGCAGAAGCUCGGGUGUACCGGGCAGAGUUCUUGGGAAAGCCGACUAUUGUGAAAGAAAGGUUCCCAAAGCGUUACAGACACCCGGUGCUGGACGAGAAGCUGACCCACCGAAGGACGGUGCAGGAGGUCCGCUCCAUACUGCGCUGCCGGAGAGCAGGCAUAUCUGCCCCUGUAGUCUACUUUGUGGACUACACAUCCCACUGUAUUUUCUUGGAGGAAAUCGCGGGUUCCUCGACUGUACGCGACCACAUCGCCUCCACUUGGCAGUCUGAUUGUAGUAAGGAGCUGGGGUGGCUGGCUGAGAGGGUGGGCCAGAUCCUGGCCAAAAUGCACGACGAGGACGUCGUCCACGGGGACCUGACCACCUCCAACAUGCUGCUGAGACACCAGGAGGACGGGGAGUCCGAGCUGUUCCUCAUCGACUUCGGCCUGAGCUACAUCUCCGCCCUGCCGGAGGAUAAGGGGGUGGACUUGUACGUGCUGGAGAAGGCCUUCCUCAGCACCCACCCGAACACAGAGACUCUGUUCGAGAGGCUGCUGAAGAGCUACGCGGUGGCGUCCAAGAAGUCCUCGUCGGUCAUUAAAAAGCUGGAUGAGGUCCGGUUGAGAGGGAGGAAGAGGUCGAUGGUGGGCUGAUGAUCCGGUUGAGAGGGAGGAAGAGGUCGAUGGUGGGCUGAUGAUCCGUGCUGUGUUCAGGGACAAGCCUCUCUGGAAAUGAUGUUAUAAUAAUAAAGUUGUUAUUUUGAAAAUAAAAA